UCCAUUAAUCCAAUUAGAUUUGGAUCAAAUGUAUUGAACUUAAGUGGGUUCGAUUAGUUUGAUAUUUAAGUGGAUGAAUUAAAAUGGAUUCGUGGAUUGUAUACAAAAUUGCCGCCUCUACCUACAAAUAAGGAGAUGGAAGUGAAGUGCAAGUGAGUAGUAUUAAUGUAGGUAUAAUAUGUAUAUUUAAAUGCAUAUGCAAUUUUUGUAAGUGGAUUAUGAAAUUAGCAAUUUAACAUAAGUAGGAUUGCAAAAUUUGUUUAGGUAUCAUACCCCCAAGAAGUGCUGAAGAUGGAAAUUUUUUUCUCGAAAUAUGGUCCUAAUAACAACUUGAGCUAAUUCAAAUAUAGGGAGCUUCACAUUAUAAUCCUACUAGUCGAUGAUGGCGAUUUCUACACUGACUUGUGUGACCCGACCUGUUUGAGGCGAGUAUUACCCUGACACACAAUAGUGUUGGAUGAGACAUGGAUAUUGCUUCCGACCUGCCCGCUCCGCCCCACUCCGUCUUAUACCUAUAUGAAUAUUACUCAACCUGACCCGUACUUAGUCCAACGCGAAUAUGAUAUUGAGUUCUCACUCCACUCCAUUGAUCACUACCACUAAUUAACUAAACUAACCCCAAAAAAACUCGCCUAAACAAUUUUACCCACUAACCCCGCUCCUGCCUCCAUUAGCAACAAUAGAAAGGAAAACGCGUUGGAAAUGGGAUUGAAAGGAAAGGAAGGAGAAGGAUGUCUCCCCACUCACCACUUUUCCCCUUCUUUAUCUCCCUUUCCUGUUUUCCCACUUUUCUCUAUUUUCGCUUUUAUUUAUAUAUUUAUUUUCCUUCCUUCCACAUCCUUCAUUUUCACAUCUCAUUCACUUCUUUCUCUGCCGCUUCACCUCCUUCCCUUUCCCCCACCAUAUAUACAGAGAGCAGAACGCCCAGAACCCAUCUUUUCCGCCAGCCGCUCCCAAAAAUCUCAACUAACCACCAUUUCUCUCAAUCUGUCUCCUUUCUCACCUGGAAACACAGAUACCCAAUUCUAUUUUUCCACCCUGUAACCUCAAUAAUUCGAAUUCUGCAGCUUUUUUUCUACAGACGGGGAAUCCAGAUGCAUCAACCCACCUCGGCCGUCGGCUUCUCCCCGAUUUCGCCCAGCUUCAAUUCGUACUCCACCUCCUCCGACGAAACCCUCGCCGAGAUCGCCGUCCGCGUCGUCCAGGAGCUCUCCCUUGGCGACGGCGACGACUCUGCCCUCGAUUUUUACUCAUGGGAGGAGCCAGAGCCCCACCACGACGAAGCUGAAACGACGCCGCGUCAUGGACAGAGCAGCAGCGACGAGGAGGAGGAGGAGGAAGAGGAAGAAGGGGAGUUUGAAUUCGCGGUCGUGGGCAGGGAGGCGGUUGCUUCCCCAAUUUCGGCCGACGAGAUCUUCUACAACGGCCAGAUCAGGCCGCUCUACCCGCUAUUCAACACCGAUUUGCUCCUGAACCAUCCAGAUUUCCAUCCCUUCGACUCCAAUUUCGACUCCAAAACCCCGCCGCCGCCGCCGCCAGCGAAGCCUGUCUGCGGGCGGCGCCCGCAGCUGAAGAAGCUGUUCAAACAAGAGGAGGGUGGCGACGGUAGCGAUACGGAUUCGUCGGAGGAAUUGGAGGGCCUGCCAGAGGGGACGUACUGCGUGUGGAACCCUAAAAAGGGGGGCGCCGGCGGCGGCGGCGGAGGUCGCAAAGAGGAGGAGGAGUCGGCGCCGGAGAUUCGCAAGAAGAGCAAGUCCACCGGGAACGAUUCCAGGAGGUGGAAGUUCAGGGACCUGCUUUACCGGAGCCACAGCGACGGUAAGGACUCGUUCGUGUUCCUGGCUCCCAAGAAGGCGGCGGCGGCGGCCGGCGGUGGAGAUAAGAUUAAGGGCGGAGUGAAGGAAUUGAAAGAGGGAGGAGAGAAACAGAAACGGUAUGUGAAGAAAGAAGGAGAGCAACGGCGGCGGCCGUACCGGCAGGACGCGGCGGGGCUCUUCUCCAACAUCAGCGGCGUGAGCCGGAAUCUUCACCCGUUUUGAGCGCUCCAUCUAUCCGCUUUUCUUAAUUAUUUUCCCUUUAUUUUUUUUUUCUGUUGUCUCUUUCUUUUUCAAAUCUUAUCAAUUAGGGGUACGAGAAAGAGAAAAAAACGUAUAUUAUGUGUUUAUUCAUUGGCGUGUUGGAAAGUAAAUAUGUAAUGGGACUUUUUUUUCCUCCCCCCAUUCCCUUGUUUGUGUAAAUAGUAAAUACUAGAUGAAAUGCUUAAAAAUAAAAAUACAUGUCUAUUGUUUAAUCUAUUACCACUUGAAUGAGGUUAUUAAAAAACUAGAGAUUAUAGGUUAGUUAGUUGAUUCACUUUAGAAAAAAUAUGUGUUCGAAUUGACACCUACACUUUCGACGAGUUAAAUUCUCAUAUAUAUAGAGAGGCAAACUCAAAUGGUCUUAUAUCAAAACGUUGUACUUUUCCUCCCCCAACCAAACGAGGCAUUUCGAAGAGCUUCGUUGGCCUAAUUUUUUUAAAUUUCAAUUGAGGAAAGAGGCAUGUGAAUGACACGUGGUUGGGAGGAACUAGGCGAACAUAAGGAUGACAUCAUUUUAGGACAUUUUAAUACAUUUAUUUAUUAUUUUAUCUUUACUUGCUAGACCUCUAGCAAUCACACUUAACUCCUCCUAAGCAGUGACUAGGCAGAGUUAGGCGACGCCUAGGCGUUUGAAUGCCUAAUGGUCUGUCUAGGGUCCAGGUGGGGCAUUUUGUUGUUGUCUAGCUAGCACCUAGGUGUGCCUAGACGUACGCGGAAUUACACAUUCUUCAACUCUGUUUUUCUUCAUUCCGACUGUCAAUAAUUAUAUGAUUGUAAAGCAUACGGAACAAUAUAAUCACUUUUUUCUUUUGCUUUGUAUGCAUCAUAAUCGUCACAACAUUGAUCACAAUAUUGUGGAUGCAUAAAUAGAUGAUGUUCAAAUCACCUCAUCCAUAAUAAUCAAACGGUCGUUUGGAUGAUGGAUGUGUGAAUGAGACAAUUUGAUCCAACUACCUCUCAUUUGCCUCAUUUCACAAUUACCUGACAAAAACAUAUCAUUUCACAAUGCUUAUCCCAUCCCCUAUCAAUUUGAAAUGAUGCAAAACGAGGCAAUCCAAAUUAUAUAGUUCCAAUUGUUACAUUCACAUUUUAUGUUGCCAAACGAAGGUAUUUGAUUGAAUUGUUUCAUUUUUAAAACAAUUGGGUCCAAUUGUAUCAUCCAAUCAACCCCAAAUUCAUUUAUUCUGAGCACUAACUAAUUUAAUUAUUUGUUUAUAUCACUCAGUGGGCAAUCAAUUUUAUAGUGGUUGCUGAUUCCUUAGCAUAAAAGAGGUAAUUAAGAGUGGAUCAACAAUCUUACGUUUGCAUUGUGCAAUAAAGAUAAAAAAAAAAAAAAAAAAGUUUGUCCUUUUAUCUUCCGAAAGAAAAUAGUUAAAUGAAGUUUCUUCCUUGUGGUGAUUUGUGAAUUGUGAUUCAUGGAAACAAUGAUUUAUGUGACGACAAAUUGAUUGGUAAAGAACUUGAGAGAAGCCUUUUCCUUUACGCCUGUCGUCAUUUGGGAUUUUGUAUUCUUUUGCUACACAUUCAAGUUGGUGAAUUUAUUUGGGCUUCUCCUUGAAAGCUUAUCAUUAAAUUCCACUCGAUCCACCAGAAUUGGAGGAUCAAAAUCAAUAAAGAAAAAUGAAAUACUUGAUGUUCAAGCAAUCACCUACCAUCAUCUUCUUCGAGCUUACAAAUGUUCACACCUUGUUUAAAAUACGGCUAGUUCGAGUUGACGAUUACAUCAGAUAGAAUUGAUGAAAAAAACACAAAACUUGUG